AUGCAUCAUCAAAGCUUUGCGGUCGCGGCUCUGGAACUUCUAGACCCACAUAGCUCCCUAUCCUUGAAAUACCCCCAUCUUCACCAUGCUUUCCAAUGGCGUUUGGAAAGGGCCAUGGCCGCUAGAGAACAUGGGAAUAUCUCACUGUGCGAUCAUGUGAUGUUCCACGGCUACGAGAUUGGACGAAAUGAUAAUCUAAUAUUCCAACAGGAAGAAAACUCGGCGAUGGUUGAUUUCUUGAGCCCGGUUUCCAACGAUGACUCGAAAUAUCGCAUAACUCGACUAUGUCCAAAUUUGCGGGAUCGUAUGGAGAUAUAUGGUACGAUUGGCCAUGGCACUUUUGGAGCCGUUUACCUAGCCCGAGAGAGGUGUGAGCAAACUCGAGAUUCUCGAAAUAUCAAACAUUUUGCGGUCAAGAUUGAACGUCAUACCACACUCUUCAGCGCCAGGUACUAUAUUUCACCUCCUAUGGUGCCAAUUCAUGACAAUGCUGAGCCGGCAAGGUAUAUCCCUGCUGAAGCUUUGUAUCUACUCUUUCUCAAGUGCAGCGAUAGGUUCCCAAAACUUGACUCUGUCUACAUCCAUGACCGAUAUCAAACAAUUGUUAUGUCCCCAUGUGUUGAUCCGGCUUCGGAUCGAUGGACCCAGCAGGUAACGUCUUAUGCACCACUGUUUCCCGCAUUCACGGGCAAAUAUCUUAUUCUUCACAACAGUCGUCCUAUGCUUGACGAGAUGUCUGCUUGCAAAGUUGCGGGACAACUCCUGCAAGCAAUUAUUGACAUGGCGCAGAUCAACUUGGUCCACUACGAUCUCUCUGUGCAUAACUUUGUUGUCGACCAGAACUUGAACGUUCAACUGAUCGACCUCGGCAAUGUCUGGUUCGGCUUAGAAGAUGAAGACUUUGUAACAAAGGGGUAUGCAUAUAUACCGUUCCAGGAAUACCAAAUGCAACCCGAAUUUGCAGAGAUUUUAUUUCGACCGGAGAACCGCGAACGUGACUUGGGCAAGGAGGUCUGGAUAAAAUGGAAAACCGAUGUUCGUCAAAUCACAUUGUGGAAGUUUGGUGUCAUCCUCUAUGGACUUCUGCACGGCUUUUGGCCGUGGGAUAACCCUCCUUCUGGAGGUCAUGAGAUGGACUUAUUGAAUUACCACGGAGAGGAAAAUCAGAGAGUCUACGACCGAAGGCUGAGAAUCAUGUGGGAUGAAUUGCCGAUCAGAGAAGAUUUAUCUCAGGAUUGCAAGGAUGUGCUGCGUCAUCUUUUUCAGAAAGACCCUGCCAAGCGUCCUUCCUUGGAUACACUGGCUUCCUACUCUUGGUUCAUGCAGUGGGCCCACCAAAACCGUGUAUAUGAGCGGCCAUUUUCGCAAGAGUUCCAGGACAUCUAUAGUCAAUCUAUUUAA